UUAAUUUAUGUUUGCAGCUACUGAAUGUGCAUGGUACUCCUGUGUGAUGAUAAUGUAGAGGGAAAGGCAGGAUUAGCUCAGAAAAUUGUUUAGACCGUAAGAUACUUGAAUGGCUGCUUGGAAUAACAAGCUCUCUAUUGUGUGUGUGUGCAUGUGUGUGAGUGUGUGCAUUUAUGUACAAGUGCAGCAAUGACAGUAACUUUAAAAUUAUGCAAGGUUUCCCCAGUUUGCUUAAUUUUACUUCUCUAGGAGUGAGAACUUGCCUAGCUGUGGGCUCUGUCUGGAGACAGGUGAAGUGUCCGAAUUGAAUUAGUGCUGUAGUAAUUUUAUGAAUGAAGCAAAACGCAGGUUCAGUGGAAGAGGAGCAGAGCGGGGAGAUGCGGUGUGUUGAGCUCUCUCUGGCAGGAGCUGUCACACCAGGGAACCGCACAGACUUGCACAGGCACGGCAUGGAUCUGCUGCUACAAGUGCCCGGAACACAAAGUGAGGCAGCUGCAAGAAGACAGCACCUGAGCCAUGGAAAAAUGCUCCUGAAAAUGAGCGAUCACAAAUCCAACUGAGCUUGAUAGUUGCAUGUGUGACCAGCUCCAGUCUUAGCUGGAGCAUCCCGUGCAGAGCCAUUCAUUUCCGACCAAGUGUGCCGGCGAUAGUGUGGCAGAGGAGCAGGCAGACCUCCCUGAGCAUCCAUGUCUCCUUCAUGUAUGACGCUUUUGCUGCCAGCACAGCUUGUACGUGAACAUCAAUAAAGUGGAGGAUGAGGGAGCAAGUCGGUGCAUGGACAGGCGGGCUACACAUGCCCAAAGCCAAGCAGGAGGGGAUCGCACAGCAUGGCAGGGGAGGGAGGAGGCAGACUUGGGUUUGCAAGGUCCAGGAAAGCCAAGAUGCUGAUGAAGCUUCUGGAGACCAGUCCAGAGGAGCAAUGCCCUGAAGGAGCACUGCAGAACCACGCUUCAUUUCUCCCCCUUGGAUGUCUGUACCCAAGGGACUUCAGUGGGAGAUGGGCUCUGCAUAUUGUGUUUUUUCUCUUUUUUUUGCACCUCUAUCCCAACUGUUAAAUGAGGAAGAAUCUUCCUCUAUACUGGAUUGCCCUCUUUUAUACAGAGUUUUUGCAUGAUAUCUCCGCAGCACCCAUCACCCGCAGAAGGUGGUAAAGGGAAGAAGAGAAGUGGAGAAUGCAGAUCUUCCUCGGAUAAGACCCCACUAAGAAAUGGUUCACCAUCUCCCAGCAGUCGCACUUCUCAGAGCAGAAAGAACAGCUCUUCAGACCCCUGUGGCAUGAACAAAGCCUCUGGCAUUUAAAGGCCAGGAGGAUGUCCCUAACCGACGAGCUGGAGAGCCACUUUUCUGCAACCCCCUACAUGGUGACAGACACAAGCGAGGGCAGCCUGUUCAGAAUCAGACCCAACGCCUCCGCCAAUGCCACUGGGGACAGCACAUCAGCCGCCGGUUCCAUGGAGGACAUGAUCGCUAUCUGCACCAUUGGGACAAUCCUCUCCCUCAUGUGUGUGAUUGGGGUAACAGGCAACGUCUACACCUUGCUAGUGAUGUGCCAUUACUUGCGAUCAUCUGCUUCCAUGUAUAUUUAUAUCAUCAACCUUGCGCUGGCAGACCUGCUCUACCUUCUUACCAUCCCCUUCAUCGUUGGGACCUACUUCAUUCAGAAAUGGUACUUUGGGGACAUUGGCUGUCGCAUCCUGUUCAGUCUGGACUUCCUCACUAUGCACGCCAGCAUCUUCACCCUCACGGUCAUGAGUACAGAGCGCUACUUUGCUGUGCUGAAGCCCCUGGACACAGUGAAGAGGUCCAAGAGUUACCGAAAGGCCAUUGCUGUUGUUAUCUGGCUGGUGUCACUGUUGCUCACUCUCCCAAUGCUCAUCAUGAUCCAGCUGGUGCAACGGGACAACAAAAGCAUCUGCCUGCCUACUUGGAGCAAGCUGUCCUACAAAGUCUAUCUCACCAUCCUUUUUGGUACCAGCAUUGUAGGUCCAGGGGUAAUCAUUGGCUACCUUUACAUCCGAUUAGCUAAGAUUUACUGGGUGUCACAAACAGCAUCCUUCAAGCAGACCAAGCGGCUCCCAAAUCAAAAGGUACUCUAUUUAAUCUUCACAAUAGUGCUGGUGUUCUGGGCUUGCUUCUUGCCUUUCUGGAUAUGGCAGCUUCUCUUCCAGUAUUAUGAAUCCUUCCCUUUAUCUCCCAAGGUGAUGAAGAACAUUAAUUACCUAACAACCUGUCUGACCUACAGCAACAGCUGUAUCAACCCCUUCCUCUAUACCCUGCUCACCAAAAACUACAGGGAGUACCUGAAGAACAGACAGCGGUCCCUUAGCAGCAGCAGUGGGUACUUCCAAAGGAGGAAUCGGUUUCAGAGGAUUUCAGGGAGAUCCCUGUCCACAAGCAGUCAGCACUGCACAGAGACAUACGUUCUUGCUCACGCUCCUUUGGGAAACAGCAGUGCCUGAAGGUAAAAUAUAUCUCCAAGAACAAUCAACAUUGACUUCAAUGUUGCUUUGAUUUAAAGUGUACAUUGUAAAGGCAAAGCCUUAGCAGAUCCAUAAUGUGCACACAUUUAGUCCAGAGGCUGUGCCGUAUGUCUGUUCUCAUUUUCUUCAGUGCCACUGAUUUGAUGCUAGCAACAUUCAGCUGACAUCUAUCUAAAUAGCCUUUCGCUUUUUAUCUUUAUAUUUUAUAGUGUAUGUCUCCUCAAGUAGCCAUCAAUAAUGAAAGCCUAUUAUAAGGCCAUGUUUUUUAAUAGUAUCAGCUGUCUCACAGAGUUUAAAAUUGUUAUCCCAUGAAUGGCUGUAGUUUGCUCUUUCUUUUCUUGAGCAGUAAUGCUAAAUUUGUAGUUGUAUGAGGACUGAAAACAAUAUAAUAAAGACAAAGCAGCUCA